GUUUCGGCCUGCCGUUCCGCGUUUCUGAGUUGUCUCAAUCCGUUUCGUUCUUUCUCUGAAGCUGGUGCCGCUGGCCCAUUAUUUGGACGGUCCAGAAGAGCUAUUCAAGCUACACAACAUUGUAUAGGCUAGGCCGAAGUGAGCAAGCCCAAGCUUGAGUUGUAGGCCUGAUGCCAGAUUCGGGCCUGUUCGGCCGGGCCCAACUUCGGCCAACCCUGGCCCUAAAGCCGGUAAGCUGUAGAAACGUGUGGCCGAGGGGUGAAACGGCUGGAGAAACGUCGAAACGCGAAACGUUUCCCGUGAUCAAAACUGAAAUCGAAACGCGAGAAAUUGACGAUAAAUUGAAAUUGACGGUAUUUUGACGAUAUGGCGAUAUAUCGCGAUAUUUUUCGAUAUUUUGGUUUCCCGCGAUAUAUUGCCAUGCGGGUAGCUUAGGUUCCCGAGAAAUAGUCGAAAUGAGCAGAAAAAAUACUGCAAAAUUACACGAAAAAUAGAGCGAAUUAUACAGAGAACUAUGAACUUCCAAACUAACCUUUCGUCCUCUGUUGAAAAACUUUAUUUACAUCGGAGAAACCAGAGAGAUAGCGGUCGAAAACGUCGGAAGAUCGAUUCCCAGCGGAUUAGAGUUGCGAGUCCGGCAAGGUGCUUCUCUCUCUGUCUCUGUAAGCAUAACAGCAGGCGGUUGCUUUGAGAUUUUCCCUUUGUGGGGGGUUCAUUCAUUCUUUCUUCCCGCUCGUUGUUGCUUCUUUGAUUUCUGUCCUUCCCAUGGAUUCUUGUUCAAGAGUUGCAAUAAAGUUCAGAUAUUUGCCUGUUAGUUAUUAUGUCUCCCCUUCUCAUUCGAAUCGAUUCUCUGAUUUCCCCAAUCUAAACCCCAAACAUCGGGGACAAAUUGAAAGAGAAACUCUGGCUAGAUAAGGGAUUGGAAGAACAGGGGAGAAACGAGAAGUGAAAGGGAACUGUUGGGAACAAUAAGUUAAAUGAGCAAUAAUAUUUUUUUAAGGGUUAAUAUUUUCGUAUGGUUUCAACUUUGACCAAAAUAAAUACCCCGGCCAAUUUUUUUGAUCUAUAACAUUCUGAUCCCAACUAUACACCAAAAAUAAAUAAACGAUUUGGCCAGAUUCGACUUUUGACCGUUAACUUGGACGGUCAAACAUCGGGUUUGGCCAUUUUUUUUUGUGUAUAGUUCGGGCCAGGAUGUUAUAGAUCGAAAAGAUUGGCCAGGAUGUUUAUUUUGGUCAAAGUUCAGGCCAUACGAAACUAUCAACCUUUUUUUUUAUCAAUCCACCACCAUAUUUUAUUUAUUUAUUGCAUUACUAGUUUGAUUAUGUUUGUCCCAAUAACUCGAAUUGUUGGGAAAGAGAUAGUUAAGCCUUUUAAUCUUUUACACGUUCUCUCAAACGAAAGUCUGAUGCUGAAUUGUGAUAGUUUGCAUAGGUUGGACAUAUCAUCCCUUGAGCUAAACAAAUGGUUGAAAUUAGAGGUCGUCAUGAGCAUUCAAAACCAUGACCUUUCGAUUUUAGACUCCGAGCUCACGAGCCAGCCCUCCCAGCGGCUCGCCCUCGAUGCCGACGGCGCCGAAUACUUGCAGUGCCUGCUUUGUACUGAUGCGAUGAAGGGCAGACGCGAACGCCCGGAUGCUUUGGCAAGAAUGCUAGUUCCUUCUUCGUUGGUCCGAAGAAGAGUGUUCAUGUCACCCUUGUGCAGUUGUGCUCAUAGUCGUAAACAAGAACAUCAACAUUUGAUGCAGUUGGUGUGACGAAAUAUCAUCAACGACAUAACGUAUAAUCAUCGUUUAUGUUUGUUCAUAACUUCGUAUAUGCAACUUAUCUCUGCACGAAAUAUCAUCAACGAAUCAACCAAAAUUUAAUCCAAUCAUCAUUUCAACGAACUGAUCAUGUAAUCUAAUCAACCACUCGUUAUUUUGUGAUGGAUGCAAUCAAUUACUUUUUUAUAUUUAAAAAAAAUAAGAAGGCAUAAGAAACUGUCCUUUUUAUAUAAUGAAUAUAAUUAUACUUA